AUGUCAAAUGACUAUUCGUCAUCAAGUGAUGAUGAAAAUUUCAACCCAAGUUCUCAAAAUAGAUUUCAUAUUCAAAUACCACAACAACAACUCAACUUAAAUGAAGUUCGUAAACAGAAUCAAAAGAAAGACAAUUCAAAAUUUUUGAAACAAACAUCAUCAAAUUUUAAUAAAGUUGCCAGCAAGUUUAAUAAUAAAAAGAGUAAUGCUAAAAAGUAUCCUGAUUCAUAUACUCCUCGUGACCCAAGAGCUUCUUUGAAUGCAUCUAGACUGUCUUAUGCUUCAUUUGAAGACGAAGGUGAAAGGGAGAACAAUAGUGAUUCUGAUUCAGAUGAUGAUGAGUUUAAUCCUGGUGGACCAAGAUCGGGUAAUCAAAACUUGCCUCAUUUUAAAUUUGACGCUAACGAUAUUAGGAAAAGUCAAGGUCCAGUUCAAAGUGAUGAUGACGAUGAUGACUCUGAUGACGGUAGUUAUCAAGACCAAACUCAUACUGAUUUCACACAUAUUCAACAAACUCCACAUGAACAAUUUUAUCAUACUGAUUCAUCAGAUGAGGAGGAUGCAAGAGGAAAUGAGGGCCGUCCCCAAUCGUAUCAUCAUGAUCCACUUGAGAGGACAAAGUCAAGCUCCUCAAGGAAAUCAUCAGAUGAACAUUAUGUUGCAAACUCUGCAUCGUCAUCAUCGUCUUCAUCUAAACAAAAUCGUAAACCAUCAAUUCAUUCAAUGCGUUCACAUGAAACGAACCAAAGUGCAUCGAAAAAGAGUAUGAACAGUGCAUCAAAGGAUUCUAGUGGUGGUCUUCGAGGCAUACUUCGUAAAAUGUCACUUGCUGAUCGUAUUCCGUCUCAAGAUCACGACAUCAGUCACAGUGAUACUUUUUUGGGAAGAGUUUUGACUGGUGGCCAUCAAGGUUUAAGUGGUGGUGGAUUGGCACCUGGUGCAAGUCGUGCGUCCAGAGAUAAAAGUGGCAAUGAUGAUGAAGAGAAGAGAGUUGGUUUUGCUGAGCAUGAUGAUCGUGGUGAUAAUCAUGCUAUUGAAUUACAACCUCUUUCAAAAUAUGAGGAUUUAAGUGAUGAAGUUAAAGCAUUAGUUGACCAACAUAUUCCUGAUGCACUUUUACACUCAACGAAUACUAGUGCAAGCACUAGUGCUGAUGUAACUCCAACUCGUAGUACUGAUGAUUUACUUAAUGAAAAGUCAAAAGAUGAAAAAGAAGAGUCCAAAAAGUCUACUGAUAAAGAUGGUGAUGAACAUAAAGAUAAUCCAUUUUAUGCGCCUAAUCCGGACAUUUUUCUUCGUGGUCAUAAUGAUUCAGAACCAAAUGAAUUGGCUGACGUUGAUGGUAAUUAUAUCGAACCGCCAAAAAAAGUUCAAGCAGGAGUCUUGUCUUCGUUAUUGCGGUUAUAUCAACAACCAAUGGAGAAUAAAUCAGCAAGUUCGUUAACCAAUGUCGAUACUAAUGACUCGACAGUUGAUAGUUUUGAUGAACAUAGAAGACCUACACUGCAUUUAGACUUGACCCGAUUUGGAACUGAAGUUGGUGCGGGGGUUAAAUAUGGUAUGAAGUCCGCACAACAUGGUGCUAGUAAAGGAUAUCUGAAUAUUAAAGCUUCAGGAAAGGCUCUCGGUAAGGCAGCUAAUAGAAUGAGACAUUUUGAUGGAAAGGGAGAAGCUGGCGCUAAUGAUCGGCCAUUACCAGAUGCAAGUGAUGAUGACGACGACGAUGAUGAAGAUGGAUUUGGAGGAGGAAGCGGUGGUGGUCCCGACGGUAAAGGCAAGUAUGACGCUAGCGGCUUGCCAUCAUUCCAAAAUGCCAAACCGAAAAUGCCCAAAAAGAGACCAACUGACCCAGCAAACAAGUUGAAGAAGUUGAAACGUAGUAAAAAGGCAGAAAGAUUGCGUAUCACCGUGCACAUUGCCGACGUGUUGCAACGCCAACGUUUUAUCAUCAACAUGUGUCGAGCAUUGAUGUUGUAUGGAGCACCAACCCACAGAUUAGAAGAAUACAUGGUUAUGACGUCACGAGUAUUGGAAAUUGAUGGACAAUUUAUCUAUUUCCCUGGGUGUAUGUUGGUUUCAUUUGGUGAUGCCGCAACUAGAACUUCUGAAGUUCAUUUAGUCAGAUGUGCUCAGGGAAUCAAUUUGGGUAAAUUAUCUGAUGCUCAUAAGCUUUAUAAGGCAGUGACGCAUGAUUUGAUAGGGGUUGAAGAAGCAACCAAAAAAUUGGAUGAUUUAUUAAAAGAAAAGAAUAAGUUUGCCCCAUGGUUAUGUGUUUUGUAUUAUGCGCUUGGAUCCUUGGCGGUGACACCAUACGCAUUCGAUGGCGGAUGGAUUGAUUUACCUAUAAGUUUUGGAAUUGGAUUAUGUGUUGGUGUUUUACAAUAUUAUGUUUCAACAUUAUCGAAUUUGUAUUCUAAUGUGUUUGAAGUAUCUUCAGCUAUUGUUGUGUCCUUUAUUGCUAGAGGUAUUGGAUCUAUACGUGGAGGUGACCUAUUUUGUUUUAGUGCUAUUGCUCAAGGAUCAUUGGCAAUCAUCUUGCCUGGUUAUAUCAUCUUGACAGGAUCCUUGGAAUUACAAUCGAGAAAUAUAGUUGCUGGGUCAGUGAGGAUGUUUUAUGCAAUUAUUUAUUCAUUAUUUCUUGGAUUUGGAAUUACACUAGGGUCAGCAUUAUUUGGAUGGGUGUAUCAUGAUGCAACGUCACAAAAUAGUUGUGCCAAGGGCCAUUCAAUGGAUGAUAAAUGGAGAAUUUUGUUUGUGCCACUUUUUGCAACAUGUCUUGGAUUAAUCAAUCAAGCUAAAUGGCGUCAAUUACCAAUCAUGGUUAUAAUUGCUAGUAUCGGUUACAUUGCCUCAUAUUUUGCAGGGAAACAUUUCUCCAACGUGACCGAAUUCACUGCAUGUAUUGGCGCAUUCAUUGUUGGAAUAUGUGGUAAUUUGUAUUCACGUAUAUGGAAGGGUGUAGCCGUUUCAGCAAUGUUGCCGGCAAUUUUCGUCCAAGUUCCCUCAGGUAUUGCUUCCAAGAGUUCAUUGAUUUCUGGUUUACAAACAGCUGAUAAGAUUACUAAUCGAAAUGGAACUGAAACUACCACCACCACCGAUACUACUAGCUCGUUAAGUUUUGGUGCUACGAUGGUUGAAGUUUCAAUCGGUAUUAGUGUUGGAUUGUUUGCUGCUGCGUUAUUUGUGUAUCCAUUUGGUAAAAAGGGAACAGGGUUGUUUACGUUGUAG